UUGUUCAGUGCUAUGCACCAGCAUAGCACACUGAUUAGAAACAUCAACAAUCCACUUGUACAGUCUGCCAGACGACAAACUAUUCAAGAGAAUCCCCAAAAAGCAGAGCAGCGCAGGGGAGGAGACCUACAUCCACCAUCCUCACUUAUAGGAUCCACGUGAUUGUGAUCAUCGCCAAUGUAUGAUCACUAAUGUCCGGCAUUAGUGGUCCCAGGCUACAACUUCCUUAGUGUUCUUAGGGAACAUGGCAGAAGGCACAAACCAUUUGCCAUAUUUUUUUGGCAACAUAACACGUGAAGAAUCUGAGAACUAUCUUAAACAAGGAGGACUGAGUGAUGGCCUUUAUUUGUUGCGGCAGAGCAGAAGUUACCUUGGAGGUUAUGCUCUAUCAGUUUCUCAUGGUCGAAAAUACUAUCACUAUACUAUUGAAAGAGAGUUGAGUGGAACAUAUGCAAUAUCUGGUGGAAUAUCACAUAGCACUCCAGCUGAGCUCAUCACUUACCACACUCAUGAAAGUAGUGGACUUGUCUGUUUGUUGAAGAAACCCUGCAGUCGCCCAUCUGGUGUUCAACCAAAAAUAGGACCUUUUGAAGACCUCAAGGAAAGCCUUAUCAGAGAGUAUGUACAGCAAACAUGGAAUUUACAAGGUGAAGCUCUUGAACAAGCCAUUAUCAGCCAAAAACCCCAGCUAGAAAAGUUGAUUGCCACCACUGCUCACGAACGGAUGCCUUGGUUCCACGGCUGUAUUGCUAGAGAGGAAUCUGAACAACUACUACUGAAUGGCAUAAAGACCAAUGGAACUUUUCUAAUAAGAGAACGGGACAAUAAUGGAUCGUAUGCUUUAUGUUUGCUUCAUGAUAGAAAGGUUUCACAUUAUCGCAUAGAUCGGGAUAAAACUGGAAAACUGUCAAUACCAGAGGGAAAGAAAUUUGACACUCUGUGGCAGUUGGUUGAACAUUACUCCUACAAACCUGAUGGGCUGUUAAGGGUAUUGACAAAUCCAUGUCCGCGAUCGGCUGCUAAUGGUAGUACUGCAGGACCGUUUACUGCACGUGAACAGUUUGGGCUUCCUAGGCUGCCUUCAAGGAAUUGGUCAGCAGGUGGAAUAAUCUCAAGAUUCAAAUCCUACUCCUUUCCCAAGGCUGGCAGCAAAAAGGCUGUUAGUCUUUCACGAAGUGAAAGUGUUUCUUCAUCAAACCCUUAUGUGUCCAGAAUAAGACCAAGUGAGAGAGCAGGUACAGAAUCAUCAGUGCAUUCAAUGCCAAUGGACACUGAUGUCUAUCGUGGAAUAUAUGAAGAUCCCGAUGAGCUAAGGGCUCAAACUGUCAAAAUAAAACGAGAACAACUUACAUUAGAUGAAAUUGAACUAGGUGCUGGAAAUUUUGGAACUGUGAAAAAAGGGACUUUAAAAAUGACAAAAACUGAAAGAAAAGUUGCAGUUAAAAUUCUUAAAAAUGAUGGCAAUGAUCCUUCUGUUCAAGAAGAACUCGUAAGAGAAGCAACAGUGAUGCAGCAAUUGGAUAACCCAUAUAUUGUUAGAAUGAUUGGCAUUUGUGAAUCUGACGCCUGGAUGUUGGUGAUGGAACUGGCAGAACUUGGACCCUUGAAUAAAUUUUUAACCAAAAACAGGGAUCUUUCCGAAAAAAAUUUAACAGAACUCGUCCAUCAAGUUUCGAUGGGGAUGAAGUACUUGGAAGAAAAAAAUUUUGUCCACAGGGAUUUGGCAGCAAGAAAUGUGCUUUUGGUGACUCAACAUUAUGCCAAAAUUAGUGAUUUUGGGCUUUCCAAAGCAAUUGGUUCUGAUGAAAAUUACUAUAAAGCAAAGAGUUGUGGAAAAUGGCCAGUCAAGUGGUAUGCACCAGAAUGCAUUAAUUUCUAUAAAUUUUCAAGCAAAAGUGAUGUAUGGAGUUUUGGUGUACUUAUGUGGGAGGCAUUUUCAUAUGGACAAAAACCAUAUAAAGGAAUGAAAGGUGGAGAAGUGUCACAAAUGAUUGAAAGUGGAAAACGUAUGGAGAUGCCUCCCAGGUGUCCACCAGAAGUUUAUGAACUAAUGAAAUUAUGCUGGACCUACAAAGUUGAAGAUCGUCCUAAUUUUGUCAGUGUUGAGCUACAACUCCGAAAUUACUAUUAUGAAAUUGCUCAGUAAGCUCUAGCAGCCAUUUUUGUGAAGAUGAUCUCUGCUACAUAUUUACUUCCCUGGAUCUAAGAAAAGUGUAUAAAUUGUUAUUGUUAUUUACAGACAUUGCUUUUUGUAUGAACCUAAAUUUUAAGGAAAAAAGGGUGCUGUAUUACUCAUUUGAUAUCUGCUAACUGCGGAAGACUCGGAAGAUUCUUAAGGCUAGGGUUACAUGCCUCAAACAUCACACGUAAUGUUAGAACAUGGUGUCGCAUGUGACUGUGACACGGCAGUCGCAAAAAAAUUAACUUUAAUGGAUUUUUGGUUGCAGUUCGCACACGACUUCCACCUUUGACCUGAAUGCAAGUCGCGGUCUGCAACUUGGCUAUUUUGUUAACAACUGUAAUAAAGACUGGUGACUGUAAGUCACAGACAGGUGGAUGAGACUUCUUGUCACGUAUGUUGCGUGACAAGAAGUCUCAUCCAGGCAACUUGACCAACAUUUUUGGUGUGUGUGUCGCCAUGUCACCAUGUAGCCCUAACCUAAAGCGAUGGGAUUUUCUAUGCAAUAGGCUCUGUUGUUAUGUUAUAAAAUAUUGCAGAUUAGGUACCUUCUGUUUUAUUUUUAUUUUAUUUUAUAAAUGACACAAUAAAGUGAUCUU